GCAAGGCAGAAAAAGGGCAAAACGUGCACCCUGCCCGCCUUUGCUUUGCUGAGACUCCUGUUGGGAAAACAGACUCCUAGGCUGCUGACCAUUUUGGGAGGUCCCUGGUCACAACCGCCAGGAUCCUUCUGCCAGAAAAAGAAUAUCCUGUAUUAAACUUGUCCCAAAAAUCUAAAAGAAGAAUAGUGUGUGAAAUAAUGGCAACCGGAGACUUAAAAGGAAGUUUACGCAAGCUAGAACAAGGACUUCGCUUGUUAAACUAUCCUAGGGAAGUGGAUUACACAGGCAGUUUUGUAAAGGGUGAUGCAGCUGCGUUUUUACCCAUCAUCAGUUAUUCCUUCACAUCCUUCUCAACUUACAUAGCAGAACUUUUGGUGGAAUCUGAUGUAGAGCUCACGGCUAAAAGCGAUUUGCGUUUUAUUGAAGCUAUCUAUAAGCUACUUCGAGAUCAGUUUCAAUACAAACCAGUUUUAACAAAACAGCAGUUUCUCCAGUGUGGCUUUGCAGAAAGGAAAAUACAGAUUGUUUGUGACAUUAUCAGUGCUGUGAUGAAAAAGCAUAAGGAAUUAAGUAAUAUGAAUAAGGCCAAAUCUCAAACAAGAAAAAAAACCAGGUCUUUAAAAUCUGAGUCACAGGCAAAUUGUGAGAAACUUCUUGCUGUUCCUGUUUGCAGGACUGCGAUUUCUCAGCAGAAACCUCAAGUGGAACGUCACCCAGAUAAUGAAGUUAAUGUGCAUGUCUAUGAGACCGCCAUUCCAGUAGAUGGAGAUAGCGAAGAAGAAUCCUGUGUAUCUGAUGAUGUUUUGGAAGUUGUGUGUGAACAAGCCACAGAAGAUCAUAGUCAAAUGGAGCUGCUAAAGAGCCAGCUUGCUGAUUGCCAAGAAAAACUUCAUAAGCUAAGUUGGAUGGAAGAUAAACUACAUAUUUUAGAAGAGAGACUUCAAGGGAAGGUGAUUAUAGAUGAGAAGGACUGGAAUAAUCUCCUAAGCCGGGUCUUGCUCCUUGAAACAGAACUGAUGUUGCAGUCAAAAAAGAGUGACUUAUCUACAGAAUUUAACAAUAUGAGUGAAGACCAUACCUCUAGUAGGAAUAUGACUCCAGUUUCUCCUGAUAUUGAGAGGAAGGAGGAGAUGCCAGAGAGUCUUCAUCAGUCGUCUGGAUACAGUUCACUAUUAUCCACAGACCCAUCUCCCAAAGCCGCAACCAUUAAUUAUCAUGGUUUGACAGAGAUUUCAAAGGAGACAACAAGACAAAGAAUGGAAAGGAUAAGUAAAAUGUCCAUCUGUCAAAGUUCCUGGAAAAAAUCAUGCUCCGCAGCCAGAGUUGUGCUAAGUGCUUCUCAGUGCCAAGGUACACAGAUGCCUUGAACAGGUUGUUCUUUCUAACAAGAAAAUCCUCAAACAAGAGCACCUUUACCUUUACCCCCAGUUCAGAAUUUUGCAAAUGUAUAAAAAUUGGAAGACUUAAAAAAAAAAAAAAGUUAAAAUGGCAAUUGUGCAAUCUUUGUACAUUGUUUUGUGGUCUUAAGUAACAGCCAAUUCUUUCUUUAUUUCUGAUCUGUCCUUGAUGAUUUUUGUGUUCCUUUUUUCAUGAAGAUGUUCUAGCAGUCAGUGUUAACAAGUUAACAGCUUGUGGUUAAGUAUCAGAAUGAGAUUAAGAAAAGGUUUAAUGAAUUUUAAAGUGAUUUCAACUUUUGCUGUUAUGAUACUGCUUUGAUCCACUGAUCAUUAAUUGUCCCCACUAUUAAAUAUCCACACAUGCAUUAUUCUCUAGUAAAGCCUUGUUCUUCAUAUAUUACUGGCCAACAAGGAUGGCAUGUUCUCUUCCAGUCUGAUUUUUUGCCCCUUGAUAUAAAUAGACCUAAAUGUUUGGUUUAAAAAACAAACAAACAAACAAAACCUCUUCUUU